UUAUAAAUAUAUUCUUGCAAUUAAUCAGUGCUCAUACAACAGACUGAUAACUGUUCAUCAGUCUUCUGCUUUGGAUCAGUGACAUUAACAACACUUUCCUAUUAGAAUCUCAGUAGUGCACAGACUGGUUUAAUUUGCAUUGAAAAUCAUAGUUGUGCAGGAUUCAUUUCAGUACUCCUUCCAAUACCGAGCCAAUACCUCAAGACAUGGCUCAGCAUUUCUUACUUUCAAAAGUAACUGUGAAAAUGAAAUGGAGAUUCCACUGUGCAUCUCUGGUUCUUCUGAUGACCCAUGUUCUGCCCUGUCAGGGGAUGUUAGUGUUCUCACCACUGACAAGAUUGCUCUUUAGAUGUGUAAAAUACGGGGAGACUCAUCUUAAUUUUGGAGUAGCCACGCUGUGAAUCAGCCUAGUAAUGAUGCUGUGGGCAGAGCACGUGGGUUAAUUUACUUGAAGAAAUGCCAUAAAUAAGUCCAAUAACCCCAGAAUUCAGAGAAGUGAUUUACAGCUAUGAAGGUGAGAGCAGAAUUUGAGCUUUUCAGAGCAGGUUUCAAAGCUAUUUAGUGGCAGUAAAAAUAGUUUUCUUUUCCUCAGGACAAUGAUUUCUUCUUUCUUUUUGGAAAGAGGUGUGUUCCACAGCCAGGGAAGGCACGGACAUCAGGGAAGACACUGACACGUGGACUCUGCUGGCUCUUGAAAGAUUGUGCUUCCAUUAGCAAGUAAGAAAAGGAGAAAGAUGAGUUUGGGUAGUUGGGAUGAAAUCAGCCGAGGAAGAGUUAAAAAGGCACCUAGCAGAGGCUGGUGGAUGUGAUGCCUUCAGAGUUUGCUCGUGGAUGUUAGAUAAGAGCGAAAGCUAGAUAAGACAAAUGUUACUUUUGUCCUGAUGUAAUGCUUUAUUUCUUUAAGAGUUUAGUACCCUCAAGGAGGGAGUUUUGAACUUUAGUCAUGGAGAGGGCUGUUGACUAAUCAUAAUGUGAUGACUCAUUUCCUUUUUUUCUUCUACAAGGCGUUCACAUUUUUGCCACAUUUUAGCAUGCAUUUGAAUAAGAAACCUCCCAGCAUGCUAUAUAAAGGACUUCCAAAGACUCAGCCUGUUAGUAAACACAAGUGGAAUCACAGAAGCCCAGGUGAUGAAGAUGGAGACGGGAGAUGAAAUUGCUAUUGUGGGAAUCGCAUGCAACUUUCCCGGAGGUGAAGGAAUUGACAAUUUCUGGAAAGUGCUGGAGGAAGGCAAAAACUGCACAGUAGAAAUACCCCCAGAGAGAUUUAAUACCGAAGAGUGGUAUGAUCCAGACAGUAACAAGCCAGGAAAAAUAUGUACAACACGAGCUGCUCUUCUCAAUGAAUUUAACACAUUUGACAACCAACUGUUUGGAAUUAAUAGUGUGGAAGCUGAAAGCAUGGAUCCACAACAGAAGUUACUUUUAGAAUGCACAUACAAAGCACUGGAGGAUGCAGGAAUCCCUGUAGAAGCCAUCAGUGGCACCAAAGUGGGUGUUUUUAUUGGUAUUAUGAAUCGAGACUUUGAAAUCGUAAGAAGCAAAUCAGUGAGUGAAAUAAAUCAUUAUGCUAGUACAGGAUCAGCAAUGAGCAUAGCUGCUAACAGGGUCUCCUUCACUUUUAAUCUGACUGGACCAUCGCUGACAAUUGACACUGCUUGUUCAUCAUUUCUUUUUGCUCUGCACUACGCCGUGCGAGCAAUUAAAUCAGGAGACUGCGAGGCAGCUAUUUGCGGUGGUGUAAACAGCAUAAUAGAUCCCCGCACCUUUGUAUCUCUCAGUAAAGCAAAAAUGAUCUCUCCAGAAGGCAUGAGUAAACCCUUUUCCAAAAAGCCCGCUCUGAAAAUUGGUUCGGUGAAAGGGAAUAUUGGCCACACAGAAUCGGCUGCUGGAGCAGCAGGUUUGAUCAAAGUGCUUCUGAUGAUGCAUCACGGGAAGAUUGUUCCAUCUUUGCAUUACUCAAAGGAGAUGAGCAGCAUCGAUACGGAGAAAUUAAACCUUGCCAUUCCCACAGCGGUUGAGCCCUGGGAAGAUUCCAGUGAGUGCGGAAGAGUAGCUGGCAUCAACUGCUUUGGAUUUGGAGGAACCAAUGCCCAUGUUGUAGUCAGCCAGGUUAAGCAGCCAGAGCCUCUUUGUGGCUUUAAGAGGCCGCUGGAAUUAGUUUUGCUGUCCGCAGCAUCAGCUAAAUCCCUUCAGAUGACAAUGGCAGAUACAGCUGAGCAGCUGAGCGCGAGAAACUGCGUAACUCUCCCAAGCCUGGCCUAUACAUCUGCCUGCAGAAGAAGCCAUGCCAACUACAGGUACCGGAAAGCAUUUGUGGCAAACUCUCUCCAGCACUUGCAGCAAGAAGUUUUGUCGGCAGCAAGCACUGACUUUGCCACGUCAAAGGUGGAGCUGCAGCUGGUGUUUGUGUUCUGUGGCAACGGCGUAACGCUGAAGGAGUUCAGUGAGGCACUGCUGAGCUCAGAGCCAGUGUUCAGAGACAAGUGUAAGGAAAUAGAAGCGCUCUUUCAGAAACACGCUCCCAUCAGCCUUCUGCCAGCAAGAGGUCGCAGCUCGAAGGAGUUGCUGAAUCCAGAACUCUCGCAGCCCAUGCUUUUUACCCUGCAGGUUGCGUUAGCUUCUCUUCUGAAGUACUGGGGCAUUAAGCCGGUCGCUGCUGUUGGCCAUUCCGUGGGGGAAGUGGCAGCAGCACAUUUUGCUGGCUACCUUUCCCUGGCAGAUGCGGUCAAAGUGAUAUAUCACCGGAGCAGGCUGCAGGCAAAGACUGCCAGCGGCAGAAUGCUGGUGGUUGGGAACAUCCCUGUUCAAGAAGUCGCUGAACGUCUGCAUCCCUACUCGGGAAGGGUGUGCAUUGCAGCUUUCAACAGCCCAGUUUCCUGCACCUUGUCUGGAAAUCCAGAUGAUGUGGACUCGGUCCAGAAAGAUUUAGCACAAGCCUUCAGCCAGAGAAACAUCUUUCUUCAUAUUUUAAAUGUCCCAGCUGCCUACCACAGCUCUAGCAUGGAUGUGAUACUUGGGGAGUUGGAACGGAGCAUAGAGCCUUUAGAAGAACAGAAGGGUGAUGUUGAAGUAAUUUCAACACUGACCGGGACAGCUGCUUCUGCAAAUGACUUCACUCGCGGCAAAUUCUGGGCCCGGCAUACUCGUGAGCCGGUUGCUUUCACUCAAGCCAUAGAAACUGCAGCUAGAGACAGGGAAAAUGUAGUGUUUGUUGAAAUAAGUCCUCACCGAGUGUUGCAGCGAAACAUAAAAGAGACUCUAGGAAAAGUCACUAAGGUGUUCUCUUCUUUGCAGUCUGAUGCAGAGUAUCAGGCACUCUUUAGCUUGGUAGGAAGUCUGUUUGAACUGGGCUACAAUCCCAACUGGCAGCACUUUUAUGAUGGAUAUCAAAGCGUUCCAGUGAUCAUCCCACGGUAUCAGUUUGAUCGUAAAAAAGUCGUGACCUCUCUGGAUACCCAUCAACAAGCAAACCAAAGAGAUGUCAGCUCCGGUCAUCCCUUGAUUUAUGUCACGAACAGUGACAACACGGAGUUUGGCUGCCUGCUCUCGCAGGACACCGCAUCCUACUUGUAUGAGCACAGGAACAAUGGUGUGGCUUUAGUCCCGGGUGCUUUUUAUGUGGAGCUUGGUCUGGCCUGUGUGAUGAGCUGCUUAAGACCUAAAGCGCCUCUGAGUGCUUGCCAGAUAAGCGUCAGUUUUUCAGCACCGUGUGUUCUCACACAGAGUUCCCAAGUCUUGACCAUCAAGCUGAGUCCACAAAAAGCAGUGACAGCCUUUGAGAUACUCUCUUCCUCCAACGCAGUUUAUGCUUCAGGCCAUGUUAGAAAGGUGCCUGAGGCUGUUGUGGAAGAAAGCACCAUCUCCUUCCAAGAGGUCUAUCACAGAUGCAGGUCAGUGAUUAGCACAGAGGAGGUCUAUGAAGCACUGUCUCAGGUUGGCUUUCAGUAUGGCUCCAUAUUCAGGCAGCUCAGGAAUGUGCAUUAUUGCCAGGAGCUAAAGGAAGCUAUAACAAGCAUCAAGGUGAACAAGGAGACUCUCAGAGAGAUGUACAGCUACUGUAUCCAUCCAGUGCUGCUGGACUGUUUUAUGCAGAUGACUGCUGUCAUGAUCUCGAGCACGCUGCAGUCCAGAGCAGGCUUUCCUACAGGGAUAGGAAGCCUGGUGGUAUUGCGACCUCUGGAGGAAGAAAUGAUGAUAUAUAUGAGAACAAGCAAAUCCACUGGGAGAUGCUUAGAGGUCUGUGGAUGCUUCAUGGACAAACACGGGUCUGUUUUGGCUGAACUCAAGCGUGUUGCCAUCACUUUCAUGAAACAAGCAUCUUCCAGAGACAACGAGUUCAUGUUUGAAAACAAGUGGUCAGAAAUCUCUCCAUCACAGACCAUUGGUCAUUUAGAAGCAAUGCCUAGAGUCCUAGUGUUUGCUGACAAGUUUGGGAUAGCUGACCAGCUCAGAAAAUAUUUGCAUCCUGAUUCUGGAUAUGUUAUGUACGAAGACUGGGAAUCCCUCUUGGAAGUCCACACGGGGAAAGAAAUGAAAGCAGAAGUUGAGGAUUAUGAUGAAGUUCUCUUCCUGUGGGGAAUUCAAAAGGUGAAUGAGGAGUUCCCAAGUAAAGUGGUAGACCAACUCUCAAAGUGUUGUGAAGCUUAUCGCCGAGUUAUUGUAGCAUUAAGAGAGAAAAGGUCUCACUGUUCAAUCAGAGUGAUCACCUACAGAACAACAGAAAGAAAUGUAGACCACGUUAACUGUGGGUUUGCAUUGCAUGGCAUGACCAGAACUUGUGUUGUUGAAGUUCCAGAAAUCACAUUUCAGAUAAUUGAUCUCAGCUCUUCCAGCUCCCUGGAUAUCUCAGCGUUAUCAGACGUUCUUGUCAAAUACCGAGGUAAGGAUUAUCCAGAAGUCCGCAUCAGCCAAGGAAGAACUUAUGCAUCUGAAAUCAAACGCACACAUUUUGUAGAUGCAGAUUACAGCCAACAUGUAAGGUCUGUCCAGAAUUCAGAGACAUUCGCUUUGUACACUGCUGAUCCAUACACAGCAAAAGACUUGUCUGCUGAAUUAUCCACCAGAGCUGCUACUAAGCUUGAAAAUCAGAGCGUUGAAAUUCAAGUGGACAAAAUAUGUAUCCACUCUGAAGAUUAUUAUCCCAUUAGUGUUUCUAGUUGUAACUUUGGCAAUACGCUCUACUGGAAUUCCCAAGCAGCGGACAAACACAGACUUUUGGCUCUUGAUUUCAGUGGCACAGUCACAGCAAUAGGCACUGAUGUGAAGAAAGUUAAAGUGGGAGAUCACGUGGUUUCCUGUUAUCCAGCUGCUGCAUCAUCCAGAAUUCAGAUCCCAGGAACAGUUUGUUUAAAUGUAAAGAAAUUUCCAGGCUUUCAAACUGUCCCCUGUGUGUCCUACUUCAUCCUUGCAUGGGAGAUCUUAAAUCAGAGGUUACCCAAGGGGAAACAUGGCAGAACUUUGGGUAUUAUUUCUACAGAACCAUCAUCAGUUUUGUGCCGUGUUCUUUCUGUGGCAGCAGAAGAGAUGGGCUGGAAAACAGUACUUGCAAGGCCCACUCCUGAUGUGCUGCAGUAUGUAAGUGUAUGCAAUGCCCUUGUUGUUUUUCCUCCAGUUGCCAGGCUGUCUCAGGAGGAUUUGGCCCACAUGUACUGUCUUAAAGAUGUGGUGAUAGUAUGUGGCCAUCAACAAUCAGAAUGUAUUCAGAAUGUCAGUGGACUUGAUCAUGAAAAUAUCAGAUUUCAUAUCCUCAUCCUUAGCAGUAUCUUCCAGAAAGCAUCUCUAAAGGAACUCCACAAGGCUGUGCAUGUGUGGAUCAGUUCAUUGGAUACGAAGCGGUUUAGACAUCUACCAGGUUCUGUCUUUCAGCAAACUGAGAACUUUGAAGGGCUGCAGUCUGUGAUGUCCUCUUUUACGUGCAAAUCUGUCCCACUUGCUGUACUGAGAAAGCAGAAGGACAUCACCGUUGUUUCAGAUAUACCAUUGUAUGAAUCCGAGAAGAAGAUAUUUAAGCAAAACGCUGUCUAUGUAGUAGCAGGGGGGCUCACUGGCCUUGGCUUUGAAACUGUGAAAUUCAUAGCAGCAAAUGGAGGAGGGUGUAUUGCAAUACUCUCCAGGAAAAUUCCCAGUAAGGAGAAGCAAGAAGAGAUGAAGGCCUUGCAGCAGAAGUACGAAGGCAGCAAAAUAGUGUUUGUGAAAUGUGACAUUACUUUGACCAAUGAUGUUGAGGAAGCUUUCCAGAUCAUUGUAAAAUUAUUUGAAGGGUGUCCAAUCAAAGGUGUCUUUCAGAGUGCUGUUGUUUUACACGAUGGUCGUCUUGAAGUUCUGAAGUUUGCUGACUUUCAGAAAGUGCUGAGCCCGAAAGUGGCAGGGACCCUAAAUCUUCAUUGGGCUACACGAGGCCAACAGCUUGACUACUUUGUGUGCUACUCGUCUGUUACUUCCUUUCUAGGAAAUUCCACGCAGGCAAACUACGCAGCUGCAAACUCUUUCCUGGAUGUCUUCUGCCUCUACAGGAGGAACUGUGGUCUUUCAGGCCAAUCCAUUAACUGGGGUGCUCUGAACCUUGGCAUACUGCUCAAUCAAAACCACAUUCAGAACAUUCUGGGAUCCAAGGGCAUCGAUAUUCUGCAAGUGCAUGAGAUUCACGAGUAUCUCAAGAAGAGCUUACUUUCAAAUAACCCACAGCAAGCUGUUGUCAAAUUAAAUGUUCAAACUUUACUUAAUCAUGUUUUUAUUCGGAUUGUUUCACUCAAAAGUCGCUUCAGAUCACUAAUGACAGAAAAAUUUGGAAGCAAGCUUGAAACCUCUGAGGAAUCUCAAGUCCAGGAUAUUGCUUUAGUCAAGUCUGAAGACUAUAUUACCUCACUGAUGGCUGACCUCACUGGGCUGGACCCAGAUGAACUAACCAUGAAUAUGCCACUUUCAUCGCUGGGCGUAGACUCUAUGUUAGCUAUGACAAUUCAGAACCGUGUCUUUCAAGAAAGAAAGGUGGACAUAUCUAUUCUGAAACUACUUGAUCCUCACACCACUCUGUCAAGUUUAGUAGUAAUUUUAGGGGAAACAACCAAUCCAGAUCAAAUUGUUGAGGAAAAAAUAUCUGCAGUUGCUAGUGCAGAACAUGAGAGCUGGCUGUAGGAAUCAUCUCCUUCAAUAACUGUGUCAAUAUGACUAGACCCUUUGCAGGAUCUCAGAAUACGUCAUUGCAAAGGCACGGUAGAACAUACAUGUAUGCAUGAUGAGUUCACUGUUCUAAAUCUUGAAUGUCUACGUAAAGCAACACUAUACUAUCCCAGUUUUUUGUCAUUACAUUUUUAGUGUACAGUAAUUUUCUGAUUCUUAUCAAAUGUAUAUAAAUUCAACAUCUUUUGAAUGAAUUUUAUAGAUGUUGUGAUUUGAAGAGUUUUCUUUUUCAACAAUUUGAAAUUUGUAUUUUGCUUAUACAAAAUGUUAAAAAUUGCCAGUAAAACAACUGUAUUUGUUAGUCUUCUUUUAUUGAAAGAGCAUGUAAGUGAAAAUAGUAAGAUUUUUUAAAAGCAAAACCAAAAGUCUAUCUCUAUGCUGUUUUAAUUUUUACUCUUCCCCCCCCUCUAACUUUAAAUGUUCCUAAUAAUAACAGCUGCCCUUACUUUACUCCCAAGAGAAAAUACUGACUUUCCCUGUGACUGCUGGAAGAAACUUGGUCAAUAAUUAAUUAAAAUGAGGACAGUGUCCUUGUAUUGUUUCUCUCUUUUGUAUCCAGUUACCAUUCUCCCUCAGAUUUCUCUUGCAGCUUUGGCAGCAUCUGGACCUACCCUAAUACAGGGAUGGCACUGCGGCUGGCUGAGAAGGGAAGACACCUGUGUAAUAAUGGAACAAAUGCAUGGCUUGCUUGCGUGCUAAGGAGCACGGAUUUCGCUCAUGGUGACAACACAUCAGUCCCCUGAAGCCAUCUCUUCUCCAAGGUAAACGAGCUCUGUUUCCUCAGCCACCCCACAGAGCUCUGGUGCUCUGGCUCCCAACCAUCUUGAUGGCCCUCUGCGGAAGUCAAGGUCAAGACAGAUAUCUUCAAUAUCUUUCAUACGCUGGGUGGGCAGCUGUGAUUUGUUCAUCUCCUCUCCACGCUAAACUAGACGACUAGUUUCCUAAGCUACUCAUCCACCCGUUCCUUCUGGAACCUCAGCAAUCCCUCAGGAUGCAUCCCAUCAGGUCCCAUGAACUUGUGCUCAUAUUAUCAAGAAUUACAUGAUCCAGGCAAAACAAGUAAAAGGCAUAGGUUUAUUCAGGUCAAAAUAUCCUUUCACACAACAAAGAGAUGCUUUGAUGAAUUGCCUGGGGCAGAAAGCAAACCAUGCACCUCUGAGCACAUUUUCCAAAUAAAAGUUAUAUCUCUUUCCCAUUAAUUUAUGCCACUGCUGUGGAGAACAUAUCUGACUAAUUGCAUUUAUGGGUGUACCCAGAUCAGGGGAGGCAGGCAUCUUCACAGAUUGGCUAAACAUAUCAUUUCAGGACCUGACUGGAAAAAUUAGUAUUUUUCCAUGGACUGUGCUAGCUACAUGAUUAUCUAAUUACUGAACAUGCAUCCCGCUAAUGGGAUCCUUCCUCUGAUAAUGGGAUUGAGAGUUUGGAGACUGAAAGCACAAAAUCUUUAAAAAUACACCCUGUGUGGUUAAUACUACCUUCGGUUAAUUGCAAUAACAGAACAACAUGGUCACUAAAAGCUUUCUGUGAAAGAUAGAUACUGACUUCUUUAACAAGUAAUUUAUCUAAUUACAAUCCCGAUUAUGAGCAGAACAUUGUUUUUCAGGCAGAAAGCGCUGCUGCACCUUUCUUCUAGCUCACACUUGACAGCAGCUGAUGAAGGACAAGAACACUGAAGCUAAUUCAGGGGUCUGAGCAAGAUCCACAAGGGCCUGUUUGCAUUGCUCCAACGAUGACAUUUGGUAGUACAGAACAGCACGUGGGACUCUGUCACUGCUCCUAGAGCAAUGCAGGUUGUUUCUGUGUUUCUCCCAGUCCAUCCUAUUGCUUCUGGAUAACUUUUCCUUCUCUUCCAGCUGCUUGCAGGUUUCAGGCCGUCAAAUGUAUCUCUGACCUAAUGUGUCAUCUGCUUGCAUUUCCCACUCUAUCUCUCUGCUUCUAUGUCCUACAUAUUUGGCAGACAGAAGCAAAAGGGCCAUCAGCACUCUGCCGCUGCUGUGCUCCCCUGCACUGCAACCUGCUGCUGUAGGACAGUCAAAUGCUCGCUGCGCCAGCUGCAGCUGAAACUCGCAUCGCCAGAGCCUUUUUCAAAAUCAGUUUUCUUGCUGUGCCAUUGGGGGCUGUAAUGGUCUUGGUUUUAUUCAGAUAUUCUGGCCCCUUUGUGGCAGAUCCCAAGCAGCAACCAAAAGCAAGGCACAUGGAAGGCAGGUGCUGCCCUAGCACCUCCUCAGAACACAAGUGCCAUCGGGAGGUGAUGAGAACCUGGCUUUCCCCACAGUGCGUGGCUGGGCAGUGCUGGCCCAACAGUGGCAACUUGGGCAAGAGACAGCCAGAGAGCAGCACUGCAUUCAGCCAACCAGAGCUGGGCCUUUGGUCUCAUGGCCAGACCUGAUUUCAGUUGCUCUUAAUCUUCUUUAUAAGCCCCUUUUAAGUACUGUAAGACUGCAAUGAGGUCUCUUCAGAGCGUUCUCUUCUCCAGGCUGAACAAGCCCAGCCGUCUGAUCAUCUUCAUGGCCCACUUCUGGACUUGUUCCACAUUUUUCUUGUGUGGGGGGGCCACAGACUUGUACACAGUGCUCCAGCUGGGGCCUCAUGAAAUCAGAGUAGAGGGGGACAAUCACUUCUAUUGAUCUGCUUGCUACAAAAUGGUUCAGCACUGAGAGGGUGGUCGGGCACUGGAGCAGGCUCCCAAAGGCAAUCAAGGCACAAAGCCUGCCAGAGUUCAAGAAGUGUUUGGACAACACUGAUUAGCUCUACGGGCCAGAAAUGUUCACAAUCAGGGUAAUCAAACAGUGGGACAGGUUGCUCAGCGAGGCAGCGGAAUCUACUUCCUUGUAGAUGUUCAGGACUUCAUAAGAGUAGGCCACAAGGAACCCAACCUGAUGGCCCUACUGUGACCAACAGGCUUGACCAGAUGACUGCCAGAGGUCAUUUCCAGUGUGUGGGUGGGCAGUGCUGGCCCUAAAGUAGGAGGCUGGGCAAGAGAAAGCCAGAGAGCAGCACUGCAUUCAGCUAGCCAGAGCUGGGCCUUUGGUCUCAUGGCCAGACCUGACUUCAUCAAGGCUUUGAUCCACAGAUUCAGUUACAACUACACAACGUGAAGAUGUGUAGAAGAUUCUCAUGUAUACUUAACCCAGCUUCACUGCCUGCAUUGCUGAACGUGUGUAACAGCCUCAGGAGCUGGGGGUACAAGCUUUGGCGUCAUCCUGCUUUGCGUGAUCCUGUCCAGCUCUGCUUUAAUUUCUUCUCUCUUCUCCAUUUCUCCUCCAGCUUCCCAAAAUCAUCUUCAUUUUGGAUUUUAUCAAAGUAAUGCAAUAGCAUUUUUCAAAUAACAUCUUUGUUUUUUUGGAGUGACAACAGGUUGCUCAUGAAUUUUUUUAUUCUUUCAAACAUUUUGCAUGACCAAAAGGCAAUGUGAUUAAAGUUUUAAAGCUAUAAUAAGUAAUAAAUAUUGUAUGAGAAUAUCUGAUUUUGUAGGGUUUUGUGUGGUUAUGGUUUAAUUCUUAGAUUAUUGUAGAAAAUAACUGGGCUGCAUACAAUAAUUGCAGUAUUAGAAGAUUUUCUGACAAAUAAAAGCAUGCUUAUAGAAGUACAGAUAAUAGCCUUCGAUUAAAAAUCUUCCUGCCAUCAGUAGAUCCCACAGCUUGCCUGCUGGGUUUUUGUAUUGCACAUAUCCAUUGAGAGACAACAGUCUCCUUCAAACACAGGUACUCUUCAGUUAGUUUUCUCAGCUCAGAGCAAAUCAUUCUAUGCUAGCUUAUGGUAAAAACAGUACUUUGUAUUACACAGAAGAGAUUUUAAUUUCCUUUACUGAAGUAGGAAUCAACAUUUUAGAUUCAUCUUUUUCUCUAAGAGGUAUAAUAUUCUUUAAUUCUAUGCUGAAAGAUAAACUGAGUGUUAAACCUUCUCAGCAAAUUAUAUCUAAGAGAUAUAUUUUCAAAUCUUUGCACCAAAUUAUGCAGAAAUAACUGUGACUAUUUAUUAACAUAAUUGGAAUAAGAACCCAAGAGAAAUAAACCAGACUAUGAAUUGUAUCCUAGGUGAACUGCAAAAUAUGUGCUCUGUACUGGGGAAGCUCAUAUUCUUCAAUAUUCAAAAUAUGAAGAAAAUAAUCCUGUGCAGAAUUGUGACCACCAGUUCAAUUUAUUGCCAAGUUGUAAGGAAAUCCAAAUAAUGCAAUGUUUAAGGUUGUGAUCAGCAGUGCAGAGUCUAGUUGGAGGUCUGUAACUAGCAGUGUUCCCCAGGGAUUGCAGUGACCUGGAUG